AUGACAAGUUUAUUUAUUUAAACCCUUUGGUCUCAAAAGAUAAAAAUGGAAAACUAAAAGAAGGAAAAAAAGGAGCAAAAACGUAUAGUCUUCUCUCUUGCUCGCGCUUUGCUCUCUUGUUCUUUUGUCUUUCCCUUGCGGUUUAUCUUUCGUCUCUGUCUGUGUGUAAUCUCAAUUUGUAUCAUUCAUUCAUAUUUCACAAUCCAACCAAGAAACGUCUCUUCUUCUUCUCUCACUCUCUCUCUCUCUAAAGACCAGGUUUUUCUCAAUCGCAAUCUCUCUCUCGGUCUCGUUCUGUUUUUUUGGUGAACCCUUUUUUCUUACCUCAUUCUUACUCUUGAGAAAAUCCAAAAUCCAGAGAAACCCAUUUCAUUUCCAUCUUCGGUUUCUAGAAAAAUCUCAUCUUUCAAUAACAUAGAUCCACGAAACCCGCAUUUUCGUCUCGCAAAUCUCAUAAAAAAAAGUCUACCCACGAGUCUCCUCAAUCAAAAGGUGUGAGUGUGUGUAGUGAAUCGAGAUGGUGGCUUUUGAGAAUGGAAGCAGAAACGUCUUGGACUAAUUAUCCGUACAGCUACAUUACAUAUGUCCCUGAAGCUGAAUCAUCAUACUCUGAACAGAGCGAUGAUGAGACCAAAGUCGAAACCUUUUCGAUGGAUUCACUUCUCCCCGAUGAUUUAUUAGAACGGAUCCUCUCGUUUCUCCCCAUUGCAAGCAUCUUCAGAGCUGGUACUGUCUGCAAAAGAUGGAACGAGAUUGUGUCCUCCCGAAGGUUCUUAUGGAAUUUCUCCAACAAUUCGGUUCCUCAAAGGCCUUGGUACUUCAUGUUCACUAGCACUGAUGAUCCAUCCGGUUAUGCUUAUGACCCCAUUAUCCGGAAAUGGUACAGUUUCGAUCUCCCAUGUAUUGAAACGUCGAAUUGGUUUGUUGCUUCCUCUUGUGGACUGGUUUGUUUCAUGGACAAUGACUGCAGAAACAAGAUCUAUGUCUCUAAUCCAAUUACCAAACAAUGGAGACGACUUAUCGAACCUCCAGGUCACAAGUCGACAGAUUACACAGCAAUGUCUACCUGCGUGAACCGAGCAGGCCAAGCAAACCGAGCGGUAAACCGCGCAAACAGGAGUUACUCAGUCUCGAUAGUGAAAUCGAAGCAAGUGCCAGGGAAUUUCUUCCAGUGGGAUCUGUCUAUUCAUCUCUACAGCUCUGAAACGAUGGCUUGGACAACAUCAGUAAACGAUGUUUUAUCCGGAUGGAGAGGAGGAAACGAGAGUGUGAUCUGCGACGGUGUUCUAUACUUGUUGAUUUACUCUACUGGAGGCUCUGAUCAUCGCCACGGGUUGAUAGCUACCAAUGUAUCAUCAACGGGAUCAUCCUCAAGCGGAAUCUUGAUGAGGAGUUUCAUUCCAAUGCCGUGUUCUUUAACCUGCGGAAGGCUGAUGAAUCUAAGAGAGAGGCUUGUGAUUGUAGGAGGAAUCGGGAAACACGACCGACCGGAAGUAAUAAAAGGGAUUGGGAUUUGGGUUUUGAGAGGGAAGGAAUGGGUAGAGAUGGCGAAAAUGCCUCAGAGAUUCUUCCAAGGUUUCGGUGAGUUCGACGACGUUUUCGCCAGUAGUGGCACUGACGAUUUGGUAUACAUACAAAGCUACGGAUCUCCAGCGCUUGUCACUUUCGACAUGAAUCUUAAGUACUGGAAAUGGUCUCAGAAAUGUCCAGUAACGAAGAAGUUUCCUCUGCAGCUCUUUACCGGGUUUUGCUUCGAACCAAGACUCGAGAUUGCUCCAUAGUUGCAACGAUGAACGUCUUUCUCCUUUGUAUUGUUUUGCUUUUCUCUCUAUUGGAUUGUUUUUGCACAGAGAAGUCGCCGGCGGCUUGAUGAAGAUUGAUGGAUCACACGGUAAUGUUUUUAAAUUAUUGGGAAAAAACGAAUGAUUUUCCAAGGAAUAUUAUUGUUAUUUGCAAAUUUGGUACUCUAUUUAAUUCAAAAGAUUUAUGAAAGAGCCCCCGAUACUUUUAAUAUGAUCAAUCGAAGCCUUUUUAUCA